AUGAACUAAAAUUCAGAUGAAUGCAGGUUGAUCAAAUAAUUCGAGAACCUUUCUCUGAAACGUACACCUCAUUAUAUUUUUACUAAAUAAGAGAAUAGGAUUUCAAUAAAUAAAAUUGACUUAAAAACAUUUUUAAAAGAACUCUUUCAAAAUGACUGA